UUCUCGCGCAAUCGUACGCUUUUGAAUGGUCAAAAUCAUAAUCUUUGUUAUUUUGGCACUGCGUAUACAUACAAUCUUAUACACAAUAAGGUAAAACGCGCAUAAUUGUACUCCACCGAUAACUAAUAUCCCUAUAACUCCAGGCAACAAGAAGCUGAAGAUGAACUCAAUGUCGUGUUGAAAGAACUAAGAACAAAACAAAAAAUGUUAGCUGAUGUAGAAGAACGUCUACAAAAACUCGAAGACAUUUACGACCAGAGCGUUUCAGAAAAGAACAAAUUAGAAUUGAACAUAGAGCGAACGCAAUCACGGUUAAACCGGUCAGAUUUACUAGUCGCAGCGCUGAGCGACGAACAACAGAGAUGGGAAAACAGUUUGAAGACGUACUCUCGACGUCUCUUGACCAUAGCUGGAGACACAAUAAUAGCAGCUGGAAGCAUCACCUAUCUGGGUCCAUUUACGGACGACUAUCGUAAGGAGAUAACCCUUUCAUGGUUACAUGAGUUAACGCAACACAACUUAGGACAUUCACCGAAUUAUUCCUUAAGCUCUGUGUUGGUCGAUCCUUCUGAGCUGCGGUUGUGGAAUGUCUGUGGUCUGCCCGGGGAUUCGUUUUCAACAGACAGUAUGAUAAUCGCGACAAGAGCAAGUCGAUGGCCGCUGAUGAUAGACCCUCAAGGGCAGGCAAACGAAUGGAUCAAGGCUUUAGAAGCAGACAACUCUCUAAGGACAUGCAGAAGUACAGAUUCCAUCGAUGACCUGACGGACGUGAUUGUCGAUGCUGUCAGACUGGGUGGUGCAGUUUUAAUCGAAGGCCUCGAGGAACACAUAAACCCUGCACUCAGACCCGUGCUGGAGAACGUCACGUUUUUACGAGAUGGAUGUCUUUUGACGCGAAUCGGAAAUGCCGACGUAGAAUACGACAGUAAGUUCAGAUUCUACAUGACGACCAAAAUAUCAAAUCCUCAUUACCAACCAAACGUGUGGAUAGCCGUGACGAUAGUAAAUUUUAUGGUAACGCCGAAGGGAUUAGAAGAUCAGUUAUUGAUUGACGUCGUACGAUUAGAAAGGCCCGAUUUAGAAGAAAAACGGACUGAAACAAAUUUGAUUAUAAAUAACGACAAAAAUCUAUUAAAAGAAAUGGAAGAAAAAACGUUGAGAAUGCUAUACAUGUCAGAGGGAAACAUUUUAGAUGAUGAAGAACUCAUCGAUACACUCAACAACAGCAAGGAAUCGUCAAUUAUUAUCGCUGGGCGUUUGAUUGAUGCGGAAGAAACGGAAAAAAGCGUCAAUACUGCACGAGAGCGUUACCGAGCGAUAGCAAAACGAGGUUCAUGUCUUUAUUUUGUUGUGGCUCAACUAUCUGAGAUCAACAUUAUGUAUCAAUUUUCAUUGAACUAUUUUAAAUCUGUACUUUGCAAUGUAAUAAAAAACAGUAGCAAAUCGAUUAAAACCGACGUGAAAUUGCCAACCAUGAUCGAAGAUAUUACACUGGCAAUUUAUUCGAAUAUUUCUAGAGGCCUGUUUGAACAUCAUAAAUUAAUAUUCAGUUUCUUGCUCACUAUCAAUGUUAAUUUACAAAUCGGUAAAGUCACCAAUGCCGAAUGGAAUUUUUUGGUUCAUGGACCUGCGACUUCAGUAAAAAAACACGUCCCGGAGAAACCAAUGGUAUUGGCAUUGACGGAAGAUGUAUGGAAAACUGUAAACUACAUGACCGAAGUGUUUCCUAAGUUUAAAAGUCUUUCGGAAAACUGCACUGGACGUAUAAAAAUCAAACUUGGCGAUUUCGCUCUAAAUAUUCAUUUAGAUCCCGAAAAUAAUAACCCAGCAGUAAAUUGGGAUUCAAUUUUGAAUCCAUUUGAAAAACUUAUGAUUAUAAGAGCAUUUAAAGAAGAAAAAUUAGUUUGCGCGAUCUCUAAUUACGUUAUCGUCGAACUCAGUAAAAAGUUUGUCGAAAGUCUGGAAGUUUCUCAUCGUUUAUUGUACAACAAUACAUCUUCGAAAUUACCGUUAAUUUUCAUACUCAGUCCAGGUUCAGAUCCAUUUAAGUCUUUCCAAAAGUUUUCAGCGGAAUUCGGAACAAUAGAUAAGUUACAUACAAUAUCUCUAGGCCAGGGCCAGGGACUUAUUGCAGAAAAGCUAAUAAAAGAUGGCAAAGAACAAGGGAACUGGGUUUUCUUACAAAAUUGUCAUUUAGCACCGUCGUGGUUGCAUCACAUGGACAAUUUAGUUCAAGAACUGAUCAAUAACCCAUUGAAUGUCAACCAAAAUUUCCGAUUGUUCUUGAGUUCAGUGCCGUUAAAAACUUUUCCUACUUUUGUCCUACAAAAUUCGUUGAAAGUUACUAUUGAACCACCAAAAAGCUUGCGGGCAAAAAUGAAAAAAUGUUUUGCAAAUAUGAAUAUAGAUUUUUUUGAAGACAAUGCUUUUGGAUCUGAUUGGCGAAAAAUGGUAUUCGGGCUAUGUUUUUUCCACGCUGUCAUAUUAGAAAGAAAGAAAUUCGGAUCACUUGGAUGGAACAUACCGUACGCGUUUACUGACUGUGACCAAGAAUACGCUAUGCAAUUAUUACAUACGUACUGCUUAACUGCAAAAAAAAUAUCCUGGGAAGCCUUGCAAUGCAUCACUGUUGAGAUAAACUAUGGUAGCAAAGUUAACGAUUAUUGGGAUCAGAAAACUCUGAAUACGAUACUAUUGAAUUUCUUAGGACCUCGUACACUUGAUUCAAAUUAUAAAUACUCUGAGUCUGGCGUUUACAUUUGCCCGGAAACAGAAAACUGUACCACGAUCGAUAACUAUAAGAAAUUUAUUGAUAAACUACCACUAACCGAAGAACUAGAAAUAUUCGGAAUGCACGUUAAUGCCAACAUAGCGUAUCAAGCUAAAGAAACACAAGAAGCGUUACGUACAAUCGUUUGUGUCUACCCGAAAUCACUAACAGUACCUGCUUGUAAACCAGAUGACGAAAUCGUUAUAGACGUAGCUGUCGAUAUUUCCAAAAGACUCACUAACUUUAUAGAUUUUCAUCAAUCCCAUUUUACAAUAUUAAAACCAGACGAAAAAGGACGAUUGCCACCAUUAUCUUCAGUCUUAUCACAAGAGAUCGAACGUUUUAAUACAUUACUCGACGUCGUGCACAAUACUUUAAUUGACCUACGUGAGGCUAUCGAAGGACAUACGAUAAUGUCUAGAGAAUUAGAAACAGUUUACUGGUCAUUCGUGAAUAAUACUGUACCGACAAUGUGGCAGAGCAGAGCGUAUCCCUCGCUGAAGACAUUAGGUAGUUGGAUCAAAGACUUGAUAUUAAGACUUGACUUUAUUAAUAUCUGGACAAAAUUUGGAAGUCCUCCUUCUUACUGGAUAUCUGGUUUGUAUUUUCCACAAUGUUUUAUCACCGGAUGUCUUCAAAGGCACGCUAGGAAAUACAACAUACCCGUCUAUAGCUUAAAAGUCGAUUUUGAGCUUACCAGUACUGUUCUGGCACAAGAGGAAAUAUCUGCCAUGCACUCAACCAGCUUAAAAGAAGAAACUCAAGUUUAUAAAGGUUUGACGGAAAGAGAUGAUGGUGUUUACAUCCACGGGCUGUUCCUAUGCGCUGGACGCAUCGACUUGACCAGCAAACGUCUCGUGGAUCCCAUUCCCGGUGACUUGUACUCUCCCCUACCAGUUGUACAACUAAUUCCAUCCGUAGAAAUAGACGAAAAAAAGGUUACGAUAUAAUUGUCCUGUGUAUAAUACCACAGCUCGAACAAAUGUUUCUUCAACCACUGGACAUAGUACACAUUUUGUGAUUGCCAUGUUAUUGCCGACAGAGAUUCCGGAGAGCUAUUGGAUUCUUAAGGGAACCGCUCUAAUUGCUCAAAUAUAAAAUUAAUAAAUUUCUCAUUCCUUCUAAUCAUAUCAUAUCAUAUCGCAUUCGAAAUAUGUGUUUACAUUUUAAACAUUGAUCAGUUGAUGAGUCAUAUUUAUUUUUAUUCAUAAUAUAAUAACAUCAUAUUAAUCUGUAAAUCGUUAAUCCGUACUUCACGGAUCCAUUAUCGUUAAAUUUUAAAACAUAUUAUUACACUAAUACACUAUUAUAGUAUUAUGGAAGUAUUUUAAAUUGUUGUGUACGUCAUUGUAUAGAUAAAAAUCUCCUGGUCGAUUCAAUUAUAUAUAGGUUUUGCGUAAGAUCUGCCAGAGAUAGUGAUAUUUUUAAAUAAUUAGUUCAAGACAAAAUCAAUAGAAAUUGCAAAUGAUUGUUUAAUUUAAGUAAAUCACAAGUUAAAAAUAAUAUAUUAUGUGUAUGAGUGGCAUGAGAUUGA